UGUGUAUUUAAAGGACCAACUGAUUGAUAAUAUUAUUAACCACUGAUUAUCACAUGGUUUAGGACAACAAUGGGGAAAAAUAGGCAAAAGUUAAGGAAAACACAAACAGCAUUCAAGUUAUUAGUUCCACAAAACAAGAAACUAAAUACACAAUUAACUAAUAAGACAACAGACAACACAUAUUGUCCGUCAAAGAUAUUAAAACCAGUGUUAAGUACUGGUUCUUUGAAAGUCAAUAGUGAUGGAGAAGCAGUUCACGAUAGCGUAUCAAAUGAUGAUCGCUAUGAUGAUAAUAUUGACCAUUCACUCACUCGGGAACCAAUUAAUUUGGGUGUCAAAAAUGUCCGACAGAUUCUUAAUUGUAUUAAAGAUUCUUCAGUUGAAGUGAAAGAUCUUAUAUUAAAUGAAUGUAAUAUCAUAUAUGAAUGCAAGAUCUGUACAAAUCUCUUCAGAAGUUUAGCCAACUUUAUAUCACACAAAAGGUUUUAUUGUAAAAACCAUUAUUGCGAACGAAUGCUUCUCUUUGAUUCCACACAAAUACACUUCAAUGAUGAAGAAGAAGAAAUGGAAGAUAAUUGUGAUGAUAAUGAUGUGGUCGAGACAGUCAUACAUACACAACAAACGCCUGAACCUGAAGAAGCUAUUAGUGGCAAUACAUCUUUAGAUAUCAUUUCUCCUAUGUCUUCGAGUUCGGCGACAAACAGUUGUGUUGAAAAUGUCAAUCCAAAUGAUAAUCAACUUGUUAUACAAAAGUGUCAAUUUAUUGACAAAUGUCUUAAUAAAGUUAAUGACGAAAAACAGCGACACGAAGAGUCACCACAAUUGGAGCUUCAAUUGUCGACAAUUAAAUCCAAUUCUAACGCCGUGUUUCAAAGUCUUCAAGAUUUUGAAAACAAUUCUGAUUGUAAUGAAAAUAACACGAAUUGCGAUAAAAAACAAAUUAUCAAUAAUUUAUUCAAAGAAAUGAAGAAUUUUAGGCAAAUGAGUGAAAAACUGAAAAGACAAAGAGUUGAGGAAAUACUUCCACCGGUGGACAACAAAAUAGAAGUGAAUGAUAAUAUUAAUCAAAAUCAGUUGAAUCAGACAUUGAGUUUAAAGUGUGAUCUCUGUCCACAUCUCUCAGCGACCACUUUCUCGUCGACCAAAACAUUGAGAGUACAUAUGAAGACUAUUCAUUCAACUCGUCGUAUUGUAUAUCCCUGUCCAUUGUGUUCACUUGCAUUCAAACAAUUAUCAAACGCUACGAGACAUUUGAUCCAAAUCCAUAAGCGGACCAAAACUCAAGCAAUUACUUUAAAAGAAGUUAUGAAAAGAAGGGCUUAUUCGACAAAUAGCAGUGGAAACAGUUCUGAAAUUGAAGAAGUAAGUGAUGAAAGCAAAGAUGGCACCAAUCAAUCUGUUAUUUUAAAAAGUAAUAUUAGCAACGAAUCAACUAUGGGAUCAGCUAAGAGAAGUACAAGUAAUCAAAAUUCUAUUUCUAAUAAAUGUAAAACUCGUUUGUCAUCAAAUGUUAAACCAUCGGCUUCGAGAAUAAAUGCUGAAUGUAUUUACAAAUGUGGUGUUGUCUUUGAUUGGGCACCGGCUAAGAGAAGUCAUGAGAAAAGUUGUCGAAAACGAUUGAUUGUCAAAAAACAAAUUCGAAACCAUCAGAUUAAUGGUAAUUCAUCGAAGUCUAAGGCUGUCAAUAAUGUGGUCAAAAGUGUUAAAAGUAAAUACAAGAGUCAAUCAAAGUUGAAAAGCGCGUCAAAAAUUAAGUCAUCUUCAGUUCCUAACUAUAAGAGACAAAUGACAAUAAGCACAACAUUAGCUCACAAUUUAACCACAAAUUUUGUACUUCCGAAUAGUAUUGAAGAAAAGAUUAAAGAAUUUACAGAUCUUAAGUCAUUACAAUGCAGUCAUUGUCCAAAUCAAGACUUUAUGAGUUUGAAUCAAUUACUACAACAUGCGGUCACUCACUUAGGAUAUAAUAUCCUUAAAUGUCACGGAUGUUCAUACCAUUCAAUUUAUGAAAAUGACAUGAAAUAUCAUUUAAUAAACACUCAUAACAUAAAUGAGCAAAUGAUUGGCAAACAUUACCAAACACUGCCUAAUCUUAUUCAACCACGACUUGUAAUUUUACCGAUUAAAUCAACUAUAGAUUGUGAUGACAAUUGCAAUCAAAUGAAAAAAGAAGCUGAAAGUCCUGAAAAAAACUCAAAACUUAAAAUUCAUUUGAGAACCAGUGCUUCAAAGUUAGGAAAUAAAACCAAAAAGUGCUACGAAAUUGUCGAUAAAUAA